AUGAAUAUACUCGACUUGCCUGAUGAAAUUUUACUUUGUAUUUUAAACAAACUGAAUAAUAUUGAUAUACUCUAUUCACUUGUGAAUGUAAAUCAACGAUUUGAUAGAUUAGCACUUGAUUCUAUUUACAUUCGUGAUCUUGAUUUUACAGUUAAUGAUAUAUCUGAAGAAUGUCAUCAAUUUUUCGAUCGAUUUUCUACAAGUAUCUUACCUCGAAUUCAUCAUCAAAUAAAAAAACUUACUCUUGAACAAUUUUUAAUAGAACGUCUUCUAUAUAUUGUUGAUUAUCCUCAACUUUAUUCAUUAUCACUUGUUUUUUCUCAACCGGAAACAAUUUUUAAAUAUUUAAUAGGUGAUACAAUACUUAUUCGUCUUCUUACUAAACAAAUUACUCAUUUUAAUCUAAAGAUCAAUUCCAGAACAAUUGAAUCAUUUGAUAGAUAUGAACCGACUUUGUUUGCAAUGAUAUUAUCAUUUGCCAAAUGUUUAACCGAUUUCACUUUUCUACAAUCCAUUCGAGAUCCUUUAAUAAAUUCAAUUUUUAAUCUAUUUUCAACAAAUUGUGUAUCGUCAACUUUGACUAAAUUAAAAAUUGAGGUUAAUACUCUCGACGACUGUCUUUAUAUUCUUGAUGGACGAUUCGAUUGUUUAUCGACAUCAAUUAUUGAUAUAGAAACAAUUGGACCUCAAUUAUGGAAUAUAGAUACUACAAAAAAAAUUUCAAAAUUGAAAUAUUUUUCAUUAACUUCGACUUCAAGAACAUCUUAUUAUCAUGAACUUGUUCCAUUAUUUCGUCGAAUGACAAAUCUCGAAGAAUUAACAUUAUUUCUUUUCGUGAAAAGAAUCAAAUCGACUUAUAUUGAUGGAAUUCAUUUAAAUGAUGAAAUUCUCAUUCAUAUGCCACGAUUAAAUAAAUUUACUUUUAGUAUAACUACUCUUGUUUGUAAUAGAAACAGCAAUAUUAUCCUUCCUUCAAAUGAUGAUAUUCAACGUAGUUUUAUUGAAAGAAGAUAUCAACAAAUUGGUUCAUAUGCGGAUGAUAAUACAAUGAAAAUUAGAGCUCGAUGUCAUAUUUAUUCACUUCCAUAUCAAUUUGAUAUGUUUCAUAAUGUGACUAAUUCUUUUAAAGGUGCCAUAUUUGAUAAAGUUCGAUCGGUGAUAAUUAUUGAUGAUAUACGUCCUUUUGAAUAUGAAUUUUUCCAAAUUAUCUCACAAUCUUUUCCUUUUCUUCAAACAUUAUCGAUACAAAAUAAUGAACCACAAAAAUAUAAAAAAUAUUCAUUUAAAUUCAUUACAUUUCCUCAUCUUAAUGUUCUCAAUCUUGAAUUGGCACACAUUGAUUAUAUUGAACAAUUUCUCUUUGAAAGAAAGAUUCAUUUACCUUGUUUGUUACAUCUCACAAUCCAAUAUGAUUCAUUAGUUAUGAUAACAAACAAUUUUACCAAUAAUCCAACAUAUUUCAAUUUUGCAAAGUUGAAAACUCUUCUUACAGAUAAGGCUUUUGUUCGUCCAGAAAAUUUUCAUUUAUAUUUUCCUCGAUUAUAAACAUUGCUUUUCUCAUAUACUUUUCUAAUAAAACGAGAAAAUAACGUAUAUUCCAUAAUCAUAAUAAUCACAAUGUAGAAAUAAUUGAUUUGUCAAAUAAUAUUUAUAUGAUGGAGAAGUAGAGUCUGUCGGGUUGAUCCCAGACUUGGACUCGCUCCAGUUCGUGUUGGAUUCGCAUCUCAAAACUUGCUGAUGACGGGUAAAAUUCAACGUUUGAAGCUCGUGAUUUUGUUAUAAUAGAUGAAUUUCAAUGUCUUAAUUAGCCGGAUUUUCUAUCCAGUCUUAGUUAUUUAAUUCCAAAAAUAACACCGGCUGCCCUAGUCUAUGCUGUUUAUUAAGAUCCAAAUACAUCAUUUAGAAUCUCAGAUGUUUAUUGAACGUUGUUUUAUGAUAAUAAUGUUGAAGAAAAAUAAAUGAAGAUAAAUGAAAAAAAAAUCAACAAACAGAGAAAAAGGAAAUCAAUAAAAUAGCGAAGAAAAAAUCAACAAAUAGAGAAGAAAAAACCAAGAUCAUGUAAUCAAACAAACUCAAAGUUAGUCCAACAGUUUAUUUGUUUUGAUUGAUUGAAUAUUUAUGAUUGAUCAACAUGUAAAGUAAAUGCAG